AAUUUAAAUACCAACAGACUAACAUCGCUGUUCAUUGGAUGCCUUUCUCCAUCACACCCACAAGCUAGAAGGUAUUUCUGCACAAACCUAUUCACCCAAAGAAACACAAAACCGAUUCAGCAGGUGACAGAAUCCUGAAUAAACCUUUUGAGUGAAAAUGAAGAUUGCUGCAUUUAAUAUCCGGAAAUUGGGAAUGGAUAAAAUCUCCAAACCAGAAGUGGUCGCUUCAAUCGUCACGAUUCUGUUACGUUAUGACAUCACCUUAAUAAUGGAAGUCGUUGACAAGACUGAAGAAGCUGCUGCAAGGCUGCUGGAGGAGCUAAAUAAACAGGCUACAAAUCAUUACUCCUCCAUACUAAGCAACCGCUUAGGGCGAGGGAGGUACAAGGAGCAAUAUCUCUUCAUUUAUCGUGAUGAUAUCGUGCAAUUGAAGAGAACCUUUCAAUACGAUGAUAUGCAGCCGGGUGAUGAAGAUGCUUUCUCCAGAGAACCAUUUGUGAUUCAAUUCAAAUCGCCAACCACAGUGGUGCAAGACUUUGUGCUCAUUCCUCAACACACAACACCUUCGGAUGCUGUCAAAGAAAUUGACGAACUCUACGAUGUUGUUAUGAAAGUCAUAGAGAAGUGGAAAACAGAGAACAUUAUGAUACUUGGAGACUUUAAUGCCGAUGGAAGAUAUGUCCCGGAGAAGGAGAGGAAAAAUAUACGGCUGCUGGAAGAUAGCGAUUUCCACUGGCUCAUUGGAGAUGUCGUGGACACCACUACAAACUUAAGCACGGACCAGGCCUACGAUAGGAUUGUUGUUUAUGGGAAUACCUUGUAUCAGGGGAUUGUUCGAAAUUCCGCAAAGCCCUUCAACUUCCAGGAAGCGCUGAAACUGUCGGAGGAGCAGGCUUUGGAUAUCAGUGACCACUACCCCGUUGAGGUGGAACUCAAACUGAUCAGGCAGAAGUGAAGUGGACUGGGUCAGGGUGGAGUGGAUGACGAACAAGAAUAUCGUACAGCAACUGGGUAAAGUGAGCAAUAAUGUUGAUCCAUAGGACUGAGCCUUGUCGUUCUGAAAUGUUCUUAAAAUUUCAUUAAAAUAAAAAUGCAAGACUUGUAAUUUUAAAUGUAAA